CUGCUCCUCCUCCUCCGGCGCCUCAGUCGCCUUUCCCUCCUCCUCCUCGGCCGGGGAUCCCUCAGCUUCCCCGCCGUGGUCCAAGGGCGCAUUCCCGCUCUCGGGCCGUCGCCUGAAGCCGGAGAUCAACUGCAAGGGCGGUCUAUUCAGUCGGCCUCCCUCUUCCUGGCUCCUGAGAGGAAGAGAAGGCCUCCCUUGGCCUCCUUUCCUGCCCCUUCGGCGGGGCGGGCGGCCCUGGAUGCCAGCUGAGGUCCGGGUACAUAUUCAGUCUUGUGCAUCUCCAUCUGAAUUCCUGGAAGGACACAGGCCAGGCAGGAAUGUUUCUUCUAUUCGUGAGAUCUAGAAGUGGCCUAUGAAGAAUCUUUUCCUUGGAUUAAGAAAGACCAGUUGCUGCAGUUAGAAAACUGCUAUUGGGCCUGAGAAUCUAAAAUUUAGUUCAAAAAUUGCUUGAAGACUUGUCAAAUGACAUCAAUGGCCAGCCUGUUCUCUUUUACUAGCCCAGCUGUAAAGCGUUUGUUGGGCUGGAAACAAGGCGAUGAAGAGGAAAAAUGGGCAGAAAAAGCAGUGGAUGCCUUGGUUAAAAAACUCAAAAAGAAAAAAGGAGCUAUGGAGGAGCUGGAGAAAGCACUGAGCAGUCCUGGACAGCCUAGUAAAUGUGUUACAAUUCCCCGUUCAUUAGAUGGACGACUUCAAGUUUCUCACCGCAAAGGCCUCCCCCAUGUUAUUUACUGUCGUGUGUGGCGUUGGCCUGAUCUACAGAGUCACCAUGAGCUAAAACCAUUGGACAUUUGUGAAUUUCCUUUUGGAUCUAAGCAGAAGGAAGUCUGCAUCAAUCCAUAUCAUUACAAAAGAGUGGAGAGUCCAGGCUGCUACGGUGCACAGAACCAGAAUUUUCCCAACUGGGAAAUGCAGUGCAGUGCUUUGACAGUUUUACCUCCAGUCUUGGUGCCUAGGCAUAGUGAAUUCAACCCACAGCAUAGCCUCUUGGUUCAGUUCAGAAACCUAAGCCACAAUGAACCACAUAUGCCUCACAAUGCUACAUUUCCAGAAUCGUUCCAGCAACCCAACAGCACUCCAUUUCCCAUUUCUCCAAAUAGUCCAUAUCCACCAUCUCCAGACGGCAGUACCUAUCCAAAUUCCCCAGCUAGCUCUGGACCAUCGAGUCCAUUUCAGCUACCAGCAGAUACACCACCUCCUGCUUAUAUGCCUCCUGAAGAUCAAAUGGGGCAAGAUACAUCACAGUCUAUGGACACAAGCAAUAAUAUGAUCCCUCAGAUAAUGCCAAACAUUUCUAACAGAGAUGUUCACCCUGUGGCCUAUGAAGAACCCAAGCACUGGUGCUCAAUUGUGUAUUAUGAAUUAAACAACCGAGUUGGGGAGGCUUUUCAUGCAUCUUCUACUAGUAUCUUAGUAGAUGGCUUUACAGAUCCUUCUAACAACAAAAAUAGAUUCUGCUUAGGUUUGCUCUCCAAUGUUAAUCGCAACUCAACUAUUGAAAACACCCGGAGACAUAUUGGAAAAGGUGUCCAUUUGUACUAUGUUGGUGGAGAGGUCUAUGCCGAAUGCCUGAGUGACAGCAGCAUAUUCGUACAGAGCCGAAAUUGUAAUUACCAUCAUGGAUUUCACCCCACAACUGUAUGCAAGAUUCCUAGUGGCUGCAGCCUCAAGAUUUUUAAUAAUCAGGAAUUUGCUCAGCUGCUAGCUCAGUCCGUCAAUCAUGGGUUUGAGGCAGUAUAUGAGCUCACCAAAAUGUGCACAAUUCGGAUGAGUUUUGUAAAGGGUUGGGGAGCAGAAUAUCACCGACAAGAUGUUACAAGCACCCCAUGCUGGAUAGAAAUACAUCUCCACGGGCCUUUGCAGUGGCUGGAUAAAGUACUUACUCAAAUGGGUUCUCCACUAAAUCCCAUCUCUUCUGUUUCAUAGUGUGGAAGUAUUUCUUCAACAACCAUAACUUUAGUGACAAUUUUUUAAAAAUUCUACAGAAACUUCCAGUGUGGAUACUAUAAGAAUGGGCCACGUGUUAGCUGUCUUGUCCCAAUGAUGACCAAUUUUGUUUUUCUAUUACCAUUUUACUUUUCAUUUUGAUAAAAGAAACAGUCGUGUUUGGAGGAAACUUGUUUUUCCUUUCUAGACAUAUUUUAAAAAUUGGCUCCACUGGAAACAUUUUACUAUGUCUUGGAACACUUUGCUGAACUGAAAUUAGAGAACACUAUCUUUUUUGCUGGUUGCAUGUAUUUCCCACUUGCAGACUGUUUUUAAUGCUCAUGUAAAUUUACAUUAAUGAAGUCCAUGAAACUAGCUUUAUUACACCUGAGGUUGCCUUUAGCGUUAAUAAUAAUGUGAUUCUGAUAUAUGUGUGUUGAAAAACACUUGAUACUGGUAGUGCUGUUAGAAUGCAUCCUUGCAGGUUCUGCCAUAAACAAGGGCAAUUUUGACGUUCACCCCAGUUCUUUGUGUUUAAAUUGAAGGACCUCUGUGAGACUUCCAGAUAAAUAUGUGGCUUGCUUCUUAAAUCAUUGUUCUGAACAGAUAUUUGAUUCAAGGAAGUAUCUUAUUUAGCCUAGUCAGUAUUUUCUCUUGACUUGGACUCAUAGUAUAUGAGACACUUUUGAGAUAUAGCCUUUUAAGCAAUUCACUUGUGCAGAAUGUUACGAUUUUGCUUGUUAUGCUGCAAGGAUUAUUUUUUGCAUUUACAUAGUAUCUUGAAGGGUUGCUAACAUCACACUACUGCUGUUUUGCAGUAUUAGUUUUGCCCCUUUUGUAAUUCAUUUUUAUAACUACAGUAUUAGAAAUCUCACUUCAGAAAGUGGUACAGAAUGUUUGCUUCUCAAGAUUGCUGGGCAGACCGGGCCCAUCAUGAAAACCAAAAAAAUAGUUGCCUCUUGACUCUGGAAUAUUUUGAUCUUAUUCUUACAGGCUCUCUGACGUAAUAUGAUACUAGAGAUCUCUGUCUACAUCAUUCACUGUUACUAAUUCCACUUAAUAGGUAAAGGUAAAGGUUUCCCCCUGACAAUGUCCAGUCGUUUCCGACUGGGGGUUGGUGCUCAUUUCUAUGUCUAAGCAGAAGAGCCGGCAUUGUCCAUAGACACCUGCAAGGUCAUGUGGGCGGCAUGACUGCAUGGAGCGUUGUUACCUUCCCACCGGAGCGGCACCUAUUGAUCUCACAUUUGCAUGUUUUCGCAGAAGCUGGGGCUAACAGUGGGUGCUCACUCCGCUCCCCGGAUUCGAACCUGUGACUGUUCAGUCCGCAAGUUCAGCAGCUCAGCGCUUUAACACGCUGUGCCAUCGGGGGCUCCAAUUCCACUUAAUAGGCUAACAGAAAUAGAGAUGGUCCCAAUGAAUGUGUAAAUUUGUCUAUGUUGAAAUAAUUAGAAUCCUUUCACGGAUAUUUUUGUUCAUUGGAUAAGCAAAGGAGAUGUCUGUGGCACAGCCAGCUCUUAGGAUUAUUACUGAUGGAAAUCAAGAUUAUCUAAAUGUGUUGUGUGUCUGACAAUCUCUCUUCUCAAACAGCAACAUAUUUAAACCAUAGCCUUAUGCUAGGUUAUUAAGGGUUUUCUUCCAAAAUACCUGUGAGCUCUUGUUGCAUCUUUUAAUUGGUUCUUUUCAGGAACUAGUAGCAAUACUUAGUGCCAUGUGGAAUAAAUUUGUUUCUUUAAGGAAGACGGUCCAAGGUACUAUUAGUGAUAUUUUUUUCUUUGACAAUAGUAAUUAAACAUAUGCUUCUAAUUACUUAGGAUGACCUAACUGUAGUUCUGUAUGGAUUCCAGCCAAGCUCAUAAAAAUAACAGAAUUUCAUACAGAACAUUAGAUUUUCUUUAAUGGCACAGAGAGGAGGAAGCAUAUCUGCUCCUUAGAUUUCAGGAAUCAAUUUCUUAGGUACAAGGCCUUGUGGGAGUUCUAGUGACUGAGAUGAAACCUUUUGUGCUUUAUGUAUUUCCUUGGCCUCCCAGUGAUAGGCGAAAUAAAUCGUACAAAUCUGAAAUCUGGCUUGUCUUGGCAUAGGUUAUGUUUGAUCACUCUGUUUUGAUUGAGAAUUAUGUCUUCAUACCAGGGUUUGAUGCCUGCCUCCUCCUAUAGCAGAUAGAGAGUUAUGUGAAAGUAUUCCUGAUACAAUAGUUCUGUCAAAGAACUCUAGAUUGUGAGAAUAGAAGCUGAUUAAUAAUCAUCCUUUCAAAUGGGACAUUUUAGAGUCUUGGAGAAUUCACACAUAGCUAGACCUACAAGAUAUGCAUUUUAUACUGAAUAGUGUCUUCAAGCAUCAGUCAAGCAUUUUUUUUUCAGGCAAGUUGUAAGUGGGGUUGUCUUUUUUUCCACACAAUGUAUUAUAAUGGGACAAAAAAGUCCCUUUCCAUUUUGUGAUUGGAACAUGAUGCCAAGAAAUUGAUGCUAACUCUCAGAUAAGAAACUGCUACCCUUUCUGCUGAAAGGUGGCAAGGCAACAAAUGUACACUUAUGUGAUUCACUCUAGAAAAGACUAAGUGGAUGUACUGAUGUUAUGAAAAGAAAUAAUGGGAUGAUUUGGUGAUAUUGGCAGGCUAUUCACCACAUUUAGAAAUGACCAAGGUCAGAGGAGGAUACCAAAACAAACAACAACAAUGCAGUGCUAGCAACUUUUGACCUGCUCUUCCAAUAAAGUUUUUUUUACCACAUGGUCAGUAAAAGAAAUAGGGAUGGGCUGUAUUCAGAGUAUAGAAUGAAUGAAGGAAUGCUACCAGAAUCAAACUCCUGUAGAAGUCCCUUUACAUCAUUGAACUGAAAGUAUAGAUUGGGACCUUGAGGAAUGGGCAUCUGAUUUAGUGCAGCAAUAAACUUUUAGGAAGUUUUUGUAUUCAUAUGGCACUUAAUGUUCAGUAUGAGUGAUGCAUGGAGACAAUGAUAAAGUACUUUUUAGAA